UCGGUGAGGAGUCGCAAGCAGGGAGCGGACUCGGAGAAGCCCAGUGUCAGGAUAAAAGAGAACCGGAGACAACCGCCACAGCAACAACAUGGUGUCGUGUAUUAUCUCCCGACUCGUCGUGUUGGUCUUUGGGAUGCUGUAUCCUGCUUAUUAUUCAUACAAAGCUGUAAAGACAAAAAAUGUGAAGGAAUAUGUGCGGUGGAUGAUGUACUGGAUUGUGUUUGCUCUUUAUACUGUUACUGAAACAAUAGCAGACCUCAUGAUCUCUUGGUUUCCGCUGUACUACGAGCUGAAGAUUGCUUUUGUUAUUUGGUUGCUCUCUCCGUAUACUAGAGGAGCAAGUUUAAUAUAUAGGAAGUUUCUUCAUCCUCUUCUUUCUUCAAAAGAAAGGGAGAUCGAUGAAUAUAUUGUGCAAGCAAAAGAACGUGGUUAUGAAACAAUGGUUAACUUUGGUAAACAAGGCUUAAAUUUAGCUGCUACUGCUGCGGUGACUGCAGCUGUAAAGGGCCAAGGGGCAAUAACAGAAAAGUUGCGGAGCUUCAGUAUGCAAGACCUAACAGCUAUACAAGGUGAUGAACCAGUGGGACAAAGGCACUACCAAACUUUACCUGUUACCAAAAAGAGAAGCAAAAGCUCCACCACCAAUGAAUCUUUAGGUUAUAGUAUUCCAGUAAAAAAAGAUUCUGAAGAUGAUAAAACAGAUGAGGAAAGGGAAGGGAUUUAUUCAGACGAUGAGAUGUUUGCUCAGAGAGGUCUCCGGCGAACACAAAGUAUGAAAUCUGUAAAAACGAUCAAAGGCCGCAAAGAGAUGCGGUAUGGCUCCUUAAAAUACAAGGUGAAGAGAAGACCACAAGUGUACUUCUAAGUAAUCUUCACAAUUCAGCUUAAAUCAAACUGCUGUAUUAGUUGCUUCUUGCAGGCCCACUAUGGUCUUGAUCCUGUGUGCAAGGCUUUCCCGUUCUCUGAAGGGAAACACUUGAUGUGCAUGUGGAUUCCCAUUGUCAGUGUAGAGCUUUAUUCUGGUCACCGAAGAGAAAGGGAAAGUCCCUGCAUGCAUAGUGCCCUGCAUGCAUAUCUAAGUUACUGGCCACUGUGUUUAGGAUUUAUACAUACCAAAAAUUCAAUCAUGGUGGUAAACGUUUAUUGCUUUAAAGUGCGGUGUAUGAUAAUUUAAUCCCAAUUUUUUAAAAACAACACAAAACACUAAUUGCUAAUAUGAGUAGGUAGCACUUUAGACUUCUGAGCUUCAUAAAUGAAAUAAUUUAAUGACCGACUGAUAGAAGUUCUUAAUUGUGGCUCUCAUGGAUGAGCAUUUCAUGUGGCUGGUUGCUUUCCAACACUUGCACACCUCCAGAAUUACCUUACUAUAUUUGGAAAGCAUAUACUUGAAUGCAUUAUAAUUCUAGAUUCCUAAAAAGUUCUUAGUCUAGUGUAAGAGAAAUAAGUGUCAAUGAAAUAGGAUAAUUUUGCAGUUAUUCCACUUAAUAGCUUGGAUCCACAGAACUUGGGUUUCUGCUACCCAGUGGAAUUGACUCUCUUUAAAACAAACAGCUGAUUCACAUACCAGAUGACAGACUACUUUUGAAACUCCCUUCAUUGCCAAGUGACAUGGAGAGACUGCUGUUCAGUUUAGGGAUUCCUCGGGAUCACAGAACUUUUCAUGGCGCUUUGGAGAUUUUAUAUUGCUGAACAGUAAUGAUUUGAGAGUAGCAUGUGCAUACAGCCUAGCUAAUUACUCAUUACAUUACUGUCUCUGUUCUGCACAUUCAUGUUGGUAGUACUGUUAGUGCUAAUGGGGUUUUCAGUGCAAUAUUCACCUAGGAACAUGGGAUGCUGUCUUAUAGCAAGUCAGACCAUUGGUUCAUCUAGUAUUAUCUACACUGGCUGGCAGCAGCUCUCCAAGGUUUCAGAAAAGAAUCUUUACCAGCACCACCUGAAGGUGUCAGGGAUUGAACUUGGGACCCUCUGCAUGCAAAGCAGGUGCACUUCCACUUAAUACCAUCUCUGAACCAUUUUUUUCCUGUGGAUAUACUGAAGCACAUGAGAGGAUGCAGCUAAAAAAGUUUGGCCAGGUGCCUUUUCUUUGGGUUAGAAUUCAGUUCAUGUCUAGGAUACCUAACAAUAAUUGGAGUACAAGUUGAAGACCAAAACAUUUCAGACAUUUCUAUCAGAUACUGGAAGUCAGAUAUUGUACCGUGUACUCGACACUUCAAACUUAAGAAAUAUGAAAACAUGCAUAUCCUACCAUUAGUUGUUUCUCUUGAGGUUUGGUGUCUAAUGUCUUUUUUUAAUCAUCUUGCAAAUGCCCCCCCCCCUUUCUGUGUAGGGCCAUUUUUCUGCUGGAAAAUAUUGCUGAAGGCUUUAUAUUGGGGCACUGCUCAGAACUGAAAGCCAUAUUAGGAAUACAGAGUAACUGGAGAGUUGGACUAAUGUACAAAUUUUAAUUGUGUAAAACCAGCAUAAUUUGUAGAGCUUGGAUUAACUUUGUACAAUUCUGUGAUGCCCUUUGUGCUGUUUCAGAGCAGUACUUGGAAUGCUUUGAAAUCCUGAUGGAUGUUUAAGUGUUUGCUAUUAAAUGCUGGCUCACAAAGCACUGCUAAUUUUGCUAGAUUCCUGGAGGGUGACCUUCCUUUUUGGUCAGGUAAAUCUUCCGAUCUUGUUGGGAUAACAUGGGGUUUUAGUAUUAUAUGUGGGUGUAAAUAAAAUUCAUAUCAAGCCCUUGGUCAUUAAAUGGUAUUUUAGAAAUCAUGAAAUCAGAGUUUCACAUUUUUAAGGCUGAGUUCUGGAAACUUAAUAGAACUCUUGAAAAAUAAAUGCUGCUGUCAUAUCAGUUGGUACUAGGCUUUAGCCUGAGGAUUCCAAAGGAAGCUAACUUUCUUACUGCAUAGAUAGUUCAAAGAACUUUUUCUUUUCAUGCCAUGUAGGAGUGUCUCUUCUCUGGAGAAGAAUUAAGCACUUAUGUUUAAUAUUGGCAGAUUUCCCAACAGGAAGAACUAAAUGAUAGCUUCCUCUACUGCUGCAGACUUCAGAAACAAAAUUUAAUGUCAAAGGAAGAGUGCCUACCUUUACAUCUCAUUAUAACUAUUGUGCUUCCAUUGAGUGUAGGAAUAAUGGAGAAUGGAUCAGAGGACUUUCAUCCUUACAUUACCUUCCACAAGUUUUCCUGUUCUUCAGAUCCUUGGUUAAUAAAAUCUGAAUUGAUUUAGAAAAAAUAUCUAGUUCUUUGGCUUAUCAGCAGAAUGUGGUUUUAAAAGAACCCAGCCUUGUUUUCCAUCUGCAUCUUAGUAUCACAUUUUGGUUUAAGAUCAUUGGUCGGUUUAAGAUCAUUUAUCGCUUUUAACAUAGAGACCCUCAUUGUACUGGGACAGGCAAAUAAUUCUCCCAGUUUGCAUCUUCCUUCCCACAAUUGUUCAAACUACAUAACGUCAAAUGAAUUGUAUAAGAAACAAUUUGUGGGGUGACACAUUCUUUAUUACAUUUCAGCUGUCAUUUUUUUAAAAAAUUAUCCAAGCCUUUUGGCAAACGAAGACUUAUCCUAGGGCUUAAAGUCUGCUUCGUACAUUGUUACUAGUGUAUACUUAUAUCACACACGCUAGAAAGUAAUGUGUAGUACUUAAACACAUGUUUGAGAUGGAUGCACUUCAAAGGGAGCUCUUGAUUGGCCAAAUCUUCCCAGAGCAGGUACGUUUAUCCAAAGACUCAAGGCUGCUUCAUGUGAGAAGCUACAGCUUGAAUGAAAAGCAGUUUCUCUCCCCUAACCCAUUCUUUAGCUUCUGAUUCAAACAGUGGCAAUAUAAAUGCUAGAAAUUUAAAUGUAAUGGUUAUACCAUGUCAAAGGUAAGAUAUUCUGAAAAACAUUUAGGGCUUCCAUUGGGUCAAUAUUUUAUGAAGUAUUUAUUAUGUAAGAGAUGCAUAUAAAAAGGGAUAAUUUGUAAACUAUUUUCAAGGACUCCUUGUGUUUACCAGUUCUUACAAAAGCAAUUUCAAUGUCUGGACUCGUGUUAACUUCAAAGAAAGUAAACUUUAAAUUACCUGUCUAAUAAUUAACUGUCAACUUGUUUACAUAUUUGUAGUACUGAAAGGAAUCUUUUUAGCAUUUUGUACUGACAUUUCUUUACCUUUGUAAGUGCUAUUUUUGAAGAUGCAGUUGCUUUAUUUAUUUUCUA